CCCAGGACAGUUAAAUCUGUGGAUUUAAAGUCCGCUCUUUCACGGAGUUUGGAACGAUGCAGUCAUUAAAUAUGGCGUUUUUCUGAGGAACAGGGUGCUUUCUAUAACCGUCCCGCUGUCAUGACGCAGUCUGUUGUCGUCCAAGUGGGACAGUGUGGAAACCAGGUCGGCUGCAGGUUCUGGGAUCUGGCUCUGCGAGAACACGCCCAUGUUAAUAAGAAAGGACUGUAUGAUGAGGCUCUGAGCAGCUUCUUCAGGAAUGUGGACUCCAGGGGAGGCGACAGGGGAGCUGGUGGGAUAAUCCAACAUCUGAAGGCCAGGGCGGUCCUGGUGGACAUGGAGGAGGGCGUGGUGAACAAGCUGCUGCAGGGCCCCCUGAGGGAGGUGUUCGACAGUACGCAGCUCCUCACAGACGUGUCGGGCUCAGGAAACAACUGGGCAGUGGGACACCUGACCUAUGGCUCGGUGUACAGGGAGCAGAUGGUGGAGCAGCUGAGGAGAGCAGCAGAGCACUGCGACUGCCUCCAGUGUUUCUUCAUCAUUCACUCCAUGGGAGGAGGUACGGGUUCAGGUCUGGGGACUCGAGUGCUGGGACUGCUGGAGGAGGAGUUUCCUGAAGUGUGCCGCAUCGUCACCGCCGUAUACCCAUCAGCCGAGGACGACGUGGUCACUUCUCCCUACAACAGUGUGCUGGCCAUGAGAGAGCUCUCUGAGCACGCCGACUGCGUCUUACCUGUGGACAAUCAGUCUUUGCUGGACAUUGUGAGCCGGAUCAGCCUCAUGGCUCACGGUGCAAAGCCCGAGCUGGUGAUCAGAAGAGACGGCACACUCGCCUCAAGGCGAGGAGGCAUUGCCGGGGCAGAAAAGCCCUUCGACGCCAUGAAUAACAUCGUGGCUAACCUGCUUCUUAACAUCACCAGUUCGGCUCGUUUUGAAGGCUCCCUCAACAUGGACCUGAACGAGAUCGCCAUGAACCUGGUGCCAUUCCCUCGCCUGCACUUCCUGGUUCCCAGUCUGACGCCGCUGUGCACGCUGGCGGACGUGAGCGUCCCCAGCAGGAGGCUGGAUCAGAUGUUCAGUGACGCCUUCAGUAAAGAGCACCAGCUGAUCCGGGCAGACCCCAGACGCAGCCUGUACCUGGCCUGUGCCCUCAUGGUCCGAGGCAACGUGCAGGUGUCCGACCUGCGCAGGAACAUUGAGAGGCUGGAGCCGUCGCUGUCCUUCGUGCCGUGGAAUCGGCAGGGCUGGAAGACGGGGCUGUGCUCGGUCCCUCCGGUGGGCCACCGCCACUCCCUGCUGGCUGUGGCCAACAACACCUGUGUGAAGAACACCUUCAGGGAGCUGAGAGAGCGUUUCUGCAGGCUCUACAGGAGGAAGGCCCACCUCCAUCACUACCUGCAGGUGGAGGGGAUGGAGCAGAGCACCUUCUCCGAGGCUGCAGCCUCCCUCGACUCCCUGAUAGAAGAGUACGAUCGGCUGGACGGCACAAAGAUGGCCGACGCGUCCAGACUCGGCAUUGCCACGUGAAGCACCACACCAAACUGCCUGAUCUCUGUACAGACUUUUCAACUCGCAUGUAAUUUAUGUGGGGAAAA